UGCUACAAGUUUGACGAUGAAGACAAAAAGCCGAAACAAUUGGCUUGCAAUCACGUCAUCUGUAUGCGAUGUCUUAAAAAAAUCUAUGUGGCUGGAUUAGUAGUGUGUCCCUAUUGUCGCUACGAGCACCGUUGCGGCCAAGGAGUUGAGACAUUGCCAACCAGUCAGCAAGUCUUGUACAUUAUUCGGUUGAUCGAGCAAUCGCGAUGUCCACAAUUGGCUAUCCUCUCCAAAAAUUUGGAGGUAGAAUCAUUGGUUAAGGAGUUAAUGGAUAAUUACUCACCAAACGAUGAUGCAUUUUUCGGAGAGUUGCGCAAGAUCAUCCAAUUUAUCGUCAAGGAUUCAACUAGAUUUUUUGACCCCGUUUGGAAAUUGCAAGACAAUUUGAAAGAUAACAAAAUGGCUGUUACGAAAAUUCUUCAAACUAUUGCAGCUUGCGUGAACGAGAUGACGCACCAACACUUGGAUUACCUUAUCUCUGAUGUGCAGGUUCGUUGGCUCACAUCCGGCAACACACGGCGACUAAAUUUAUUAUACUUUCUCCAUAAAUUGUCCUACGAGGGAAACAACGAGCAACUAACAGCCAAAGUAAUGGAUGUGGUAGCUGGCUUUGCGUUUAGCGACAACACACCCGAUGAAUUAGUCAAUGCCUGCAUAGAGACACAGAAAAAGAUUUUGAGCGAUGGAUUGACAUACGAUUUGUUUGAGCAUUGGGUAUUCACCUGCGUUGAGACUGUCCAAACGCAGCCAGAGAAACGACAGGCGUUGGCAGCCAUGAAACUGCUGCGCCAUCUUUGCUACUUGUUCGCUGUAAAAAAAGCUGCGUUAAAUAAUCACAACCACAACACCAACGAGUUCAAGGAUCUCGUUUUAGUACACUGCAAGAACAUUUACAGACGUAUCGAUCAAGAAUGGCAAGUAUUCGACCAUGCCAUAGCUGGAUUCGUCACUUACGUGAGGGAAUGUCGAUCCGCAGGCAAAGAUGAUAUCCACAUUGCAGCUGUCGGAGAAAGACUGGCCUUUCUUUUCGCAUUCCUCAAGUACGGCAAAAUGUGCAUGGAUGAAUUUGUAGCCUCUUCCGUUUGGAUUUGCUUGACGGACGGAACUAUUUCCGAUUUAUAUCCGACCCUUUGUUUCCAAUGGUUCACCAACAUCGUUGAAAAUUCCAUGGCGCAUCCAAAAGCCAUCCAGCGCAUUUUCCAUCAGCACAUUUUGAAAUUGGAUCCUCGUCAAACGACAAAUCAAACGGCUGAUUUCAUGGAUUGUUUUGAGCGUUUCUUCCGGGCUGUCCAGUGCGCAGAAGGAGACACCUUUACGCAAGGUGUAAUAGAUCCUCGUCCUGGACUAGAGUUCCUUUUGAAAAUUGUUGAAUACGCCCAAGUAACCAUUGCGCACAGAGCGUUCAACUUAGUGAAAGAGACAAUCAUCUACCUGGAUCCACGAUUGCUAUUGCACCUUGCCGGCGUUAACAGUAACGCCCUUCGCGACUUCCUGGAUCGAUUUACAGAAAUGCGAGCUAUUUCAAGAAGCUUUGAGAAUAUGGACGAAGACGAUGAACCCCAUACCGGAAUUUCUCCUGUUGUGCAGGUGCCCCAAAGGUUUGAUAACGCCAAUUGCAAUUUUCUUCUCACGGUCAAGAUGAGAGGCCGCUUGCUGGGAACGGUUCACAUCAAACCUUCGCCACAUUUUCCUUGCGCCGAAUUCGUCCAGUCUUUGACAACGUUCUGCUACGCUAUUCCAAGAAAAUUUGGACAGCGCAUUGCUAAGUCUAAGAAAGACACGUGCAUCAGGUUGGAAAUGAAGAACGCCAUGUUCCAGCCUGUUGUGCCGGACAUGCUCAGUUAUCGCAAUUGGUUGGAUCCUGCGAAUUACGCCCAAAGGGCUUGUCAGGUGGGCAUUACCAGCAUCAAGGCUGGUUCUGGUAGAAACGAAGGCCGCGUCAAAGGAUGGCAAUUUGUCUUCUUCCUUCAUGAUGUGGUGCCCAGUAGCUGCAAAUCAAAGAAGUCACUACUGUUUGGCAAUGUCAUUCAAGGCAUCGAUGUAGUCAAGUCACUCAGCUGUUCGAACCUCUCAACUUCCCAUUUCAGUGAAGGACUCCGCUUUACCCUAAAAUCUGUGAAUUAAAAUCUUUUUUUAUACUCAAACAUACGUAAGUUAUCCUCGGAAGCUUGAAGUCAUAUAGCGGGAUAAAAUUAUAAAUCAAAACUCUUAUCAAAACUCCACGAGCAUUUUCUUG